GUUUCUUCUUGCCGCAUCACUCAGGUAAGGGGUUUUCACGUCACUCGAAAUGUAUUCCCACAACCUCUUUCUUUAUUCUUUCCCCUCAUGGGCUCCUCCUCGUUCCCUCCGAAAAGAUGCUUCCAUCUAUCUUCCUCCGCAUCCUGCAAACGUCCUUCUCCCCCCGCUUCAUCCACAUAGGCAGACUCGCCUUCCCCGUCGCCUUCCUAAUCUUCAUCUUCUACUUCACUCUCUCCCCUCACUCCACCUCUCCGUCCUCACAUUCCCUUUCCUCGUUCUCACUAGGCCUUAUUCCCUUCUCCUCGUCCUCCCGCAAAUCCGCGUUCAUUGGUAGCAUAUCUGCGACUGGAAUCGAUGGACCGUUUGACAAUUCGAGUUUGAUCGAGUUAUGCGCGAGUAGGAAAUGGGUGGACGGGUUGAUUUUCAAGUGUGAGGCACACGGAGGUGGGAUCGUGGAGGCUAGGAACGUAGUGUUGAAUUGCCUGAGGUUCGGUAUUGAAGCCGGUGCAACUAAUUUCAUAAUCCCCGAACUCCUCUCCCCAUCGGAUGUCAAAACCCCCACACCCCUCCCGUUCACCACGCUCUUCGACCUCCCUUACUUCACCAGCACCCUGAACACCGCGUGCCCCCGAAUGAACCUAAUCCCGCACAUCAACGAUUUAUGGGAUAAACCGUCAACUUCUCCGGCUGUUUCCAUCUCGCCAAACCAUUUCCCAUCAACACCGCAAAUUCCACUCUUACACGACAGCAUCCUCGCACACCCAGAAAACUGGACCUCAGCUUUCGCUAUCCAUUUGAAUGCGACUCAUCCACGCGCUCCUACAGCCCGACUACCGGUUCUAGUAAACUUGAGUCCGCCGCCGCUGCUGCAGUUCCCGAUAUCCUACGAUUCCGACCAUUUUAUCACCAAUUUUGGGAAGUUGGUUAGAACAGAAGAGCGUCUGAGGAGGAUUGCCGGGGCUGCGCUCUACGCAUUAUCUCAGAGACACGGAGUCGACUUGAGUCCGGAGAGUCGGAUAGAGAGGGGCAAAUUCUACGGUGCUGUCUUACCUGGAGUGAAGGGAGACAAAGAGGAAGCUGAGCAGGCAGCGAAAACCAAGUAUCGGGAGGAAUUACCGAAGAACUUGUUGCUGGCUGCAGGGCGCUCGAAUCUCUCGACUAUUUACUUAGCUACGCCGCAUUUCACGGAGCUGGAAGCGGAAUCGAUUAAAGCCUUUGCUGCGAAGGGCGAGGUGGAGAAUUUCAUCAUACUGGCGAGGAAUAGGAGUACGGCAGUCGAAACGGCGGAAGCUUUGCUAGGCGGACCCUUCCCGUCAUCAUUCGUCAACGACAAUGGCGAGCCCGUGGCGCCAGACUACAACGGGGCUAAGGGGUUUGAGGAGGAGUGGAAGGAAUAUCAAACCUUGACUUCCGAGCAGAAAGAAGCAGUUGAUUACGAGAUCUUACUUCGCAGCACACAACUUGGUGGCUCCUGGGAGACUGCCCUUUCAUGGGGCCCAGCAAUGCGUCGCCACAUCACUGCAUCCGGCGGAGCUGGGAAAUGGCGUUUCCUCCCCGGCUCUGCCAUCGGAACUUCUAAAUCUGGUUCGAAAUCCCGGGUUGGAAAUCCGGGAAAGAAGGGGACCAGGGAGGCGAUCUACAUCGACGCCGAAGAGGAGAUACGGAAGGAGAAAUUGAGGCAAGCUGGGUUUGCGAAGGUGGAAGCCGAAGAGAAGGCGCUGCAGAAGGAGAGCGAGAAAUGGACGGCGAAGGCGGACGCGCCUCCGGUGAUAACAGCUGGAGAGAGAGUGGAAGGGGGGAAGAACGAGGAGAAGGUGGAUGAGAAACUCGCCGCUACACAAGAUAGGAAAGUGGCGCUGAAGCCGAAACCGAAAUUGAAAGUUGAUGUGGGUGCAGAGCAUUGUUUUCGAGAUGAGUUAUCUGUGGUGUUUGGGCCGAAGGCCGAGGGGAAGGGGUGGGUUUUGGGGGGGUGGCCUUGAUUCCCGUCGAUUGCUGCUGGGGUGCUGGAAGGCGGGUGGGAUAAGGAAGGAGAUGGGAAUGUACAACAACAAGCUUCAGAACAUUCGUCAAACCAUGCAAUCAACAGCUUGCGAGAUUGAGUAUAAGCCAGCUCUGCAACAGUCACCGCCCUCCAAACAAAAUACGACAAACGACGCGGCUUGGCCAGCG